AGUGAAAUGGGCUAUCUCACCGUGCUGUCUGAGAGAGACCCACCAUUUUAGCUUUAUUACCUUUCCACUGUCCAGUCGACUUAGACUAGUUGUUUCUAAAUUCGUCCAUAAUUUCGCUGACCCUUCCUUCCCCAGUUCUUACCCUAUAAAACUCAGAGACCAAGCCCGUUUUUUCUUCCUUCUGUGCCAAGAUUUUUCUCUUCUUUUUCGGUCUCGGAUUGAGCCAUUUGGGAAUCUCCAAGCUUUCUCUGUGACUCUGUCCAUGGCUUCUAUUAACCUUUCUUGCCCUUCAUCAACAGCUCUUUCUCUCUCCCAAGCUUCCAAGGCCUUCAAAUUGUCCAAUGGGGCUCCUCGAAACUCUUUGAUUCAACUGAAUGGUAUAUCUCGUCUCAGUAUCAAGAGGGAUAGUAUAAUCAGAUCUGCAUUCCUGUCUGGUGAAGGAGAUUUACUUUCUCAUACCAAUGGUGCUAAUGUUGUGGGAAAAAGUUCGGUCGUUAGUGGCUUGUCAGUUGGAGUCGAGACACAACCUGAUGAAGUUUCUUUUGGAACGCUUGUGGCAGACAUCAUUGCUACACCGAGUGGCUUCCCUGCUGAGAUUGAUGACUUCGAUUUGGACCACCCCACAAAGGCAUUCUCAUCCAUCCCCGAGGCCAUUGAAGAUAUUCGUCAGGGAAAGAUGGUGUUGGUUGUGGAUGAUGAAGACCGAGAAAAUGAAGGAGACCUAAUAAUGGCUGCAUCAAAAGUUACACCGGAAGCCAUGGCUUUUAUCGUGAAGCAUGGCACUGGAAUCGUUUGUGUGAGUAUGGUAGAGGAAGACUUGGAGAGGUUACGGAUUCCUUUAAUGGUAAAUCACAAGGAUAACGAGGAGAAACUUUGCACUGCGUUCACAAUUUCAGUGGAUGCAAAAAAUGGAACGACAACCGGUGUAUCAGCUAGUGACAGGGCAACAACGAUAUUGGCUCUUGCAUCCAAAGAUUCUAAGCCAGAGGAUUUCAACCGACCUGGGCAUAUAUUUCCUCUAAAGUACCGUAAUGGAGGGGUUCUAAAAAGAGCUGGUCAUACUGAAGCAUCGGUUGAUCUUGCCAUGCUAGCUGGUUUGGACCCAGUUGGCGUUCUAUGUGAAGUUGUGGAUGAUGAUGGUUCCAUGGCUAGACUACCUAAGCUUCGACAAUUUGCACAGGAAAAUGGCAUAAAGAUUAUAUCAAUUGACGAUUUAAUCAGAUAUAGGAGGAAGAGAGACCAGUUGGUGGAACACGCUUCUGCUGCAAGGAUACCUACCAUGUGGGGCCCUUUCACUGCCCACUGUUACAGAUCAAUCUUAGACGGGAUAGAACAUAUUGCGAUGGUAAAGGGUGAGAUUGGGGAUGGGCAAGAUGUUCUUGUUCGGGUGCACUCUGAAUGCCUUACAGGAGACAUAUUUGGCUCGGCCAGAUGUGAUUGUGGUACCCAAUUGUCACUUUCUAUGCAACAAAUCGAAGCUGCUGGUAGGGGCGUUUUAGUUUACCUCCGCGGUCAUGAAGGAAGAGGCAUUGGUUUGGGCCACAAACUCCGCGCUUACAACCUGCAGGAUGCAGGGCGUGACACUGUUGAAGCCAACGAGGAACUCAGUUUACCAGUCGAUUCGAGAGAGUAUGGAAUUGGUGCACAGAUACUAAGGGAUCUUGGAGUGAGAACUAUGAAGUUGAUGACAAACAACCCUGCAAAAUACAGCGGUUUGAAAGGCUAUGGUCUUGCAGUUGCAGGCAGGGUUGCUCUCCUCACUCCAAUUACAAAAGACAACAAGAAAUACCUGGAAACAAAGCGUGCGAAAAUGGGUCAUAUUUAUGGCAUGAACUUCAACAAUAUUAUAAGCAGCAGCAGCAAGAGCAACAAUGGCAGUGAAACCUCUGCUUUAACUGAGUCCUCAUAACUUUGAAGCAAUCAAACUAUAACAGAUGUGGCUUACUCUCUUAAGCUUGCUUGGUAUCAUCAUUCAUAUUCUUGAAUUGGAUUAGGGAGAGCAGAAUUCUUCACCCCCCUAGAUUUCAUUUAUUCACAUUUGUUUGGAAUCCCACUUUUAAUCCUUGCUGGGGGGGGAUAACUUGUCAUUCUUUUUCCCUUUUUUCAGUACAAAUGGUCAUCUUUAUCCUAUUGAAAUGUCCAACAAAAAAUGUCAUAUUCAACAAUAAUGCUUGUAGCUUUUUUACAAAAA